UUGGAGAAUCAGAUUCAUCGGCUAUCAAUACGUGGAAGUGGAACCCUCACAAGUUCCUCUGCAACCCCUCUCCACUACAAGGCACAAAUGUCCAGCUUGUUACAAGCAGUGCAAGCAGAAGGAGCAUAUUAUUGAACAUAUGCGAACAUCUCAUCAUUCGGUUCAUGACCCUAAAUGCGGUGUGUGUAACAAACAUUGCAAAUCAUUUGAAUCACUAAGGGAGCACAUUGCUGGUCCAUUGGCCAAAGUGAACUGUUCAAGCAUCUUUGCUGAAAGAGGCUGCAUUUUGUGUCCGAAAAUCUGUAGCAGCGUGGACUCUCUCAACGACCAUAAGGAAAUGUGUCAUCUUACCACUCCUCAACACAUUGAGUCAAUGGAGAUGCAUCAUUCAGAAGAUGAUAUGGACAACAUAAGAGGUCAGGAAGCAGUUGCCAUAGAUUGUGAAAUGGUUGAAGGUGAUUUGUCACAAGAACUUUGCGCAAGGGUAUGCCUAGUUGAUGAAGAUGAAAAGAUUAUUUUUCACACUUGUGUCCUACCUCAGACUCCUGUGGUUGAUUAUAGGUAUGAAAUUACUGGAAUAACAGAAGAAACUCUACAAGAUGCCAUGCCUUUGAAUGAAGUCCGGGAGAGAAUUCAGCAGAUUCUUUACAGCGUAGAGCCAAUUCGUAGAGUACUUGUGGGCCAUAACCUUGAGAAACACCUACAUUGCUUGAAGAUAUCUUAUCCUGAUCGUCUUCACAAUUUGGCCUAGACAACACCGCUAUUAAAAAGAAAAAGAAAGUAGCUUAAAGUUGACUAUUGUUGUGGGUGGAACAUUUAUGCUUAUUAGGUCAAAGUAGGUCUGUUCUUGAGGAUGGACCUAUUAACUCGCUUAAUCAAGUACUGAUGUCAAGAAGCCUGGUAUUUCUCCGAGGCCUUUGCCACAUUUUCUUAUUUACUCAUUUAGGUAACACGUAAAAUAUCCCUCUUUGUUGCACCUAAAAUUUCCACCCCUUUAGGUCCUCCUGGGCAGUUCCUCCAAAUGAUGGUACUUCAUCCUUCCAUCCAAAUAAACUUGUGCCUUCUCUGCUGGUGCUGGUAUUGAAUUCCUACAUUAUCAAGAAGUUAGAACUUAAAGACAGAUAAUUAACAAUAGACCCUUGUGGUCCGGCCUUCCCCGGUGCACCAGGCUGCCCUUUUUUUUAUUUAUUUAUUUGGUUGUAUCAUGAGUUCAAUAUCAAGCAAUUAUGUCCAUAAGAGAUGAAGAUAAAAGUAAGAAUUAUCAUAUCAUUUGUUCACAUUCUCUGUAUUUGUCUGUCAAGUUGGGUAAAUGAAGACGCUAUUUGUGUAUGCCUUGGAGAUCUUUUCUACCCGAGAUGCAUUCCUCUAUUCAUGUCUUGCUUUUGUUCUGUGCAGAGAUACUGCAACGUAUCGCCCCUUGAUGAAGACCAAUUUCGUCAGUCACUCUGAAAUAUCUAACCAAGACUUA